AUGAAGGCCCGCGGCACGAAGAGCGAGCGUGGGAACGCCGUGCCCAAGACGAAUGUGGAGGACAUCGUGGAGACGGACUCCCCCGCGGCCAUGAGCUCCUUCCUGGCAACGAGGGGCGAGGCCCGCGGCCUCUCCACGAAGGCCCAGGCCGAGCUCCAGGAGCAGAUAGGCCAGGUCUCCAAGCGCAUUCACGACAAGUGGGGUAUCCUGGAAAAGAAGUGGAGAGAUCUGGAGAGAGACAGAAGAGAUGCGGCCAACUCCUACGGCAUCACCGGGGGCGGCGGCCCUAUUGUGGAGCUCAACGUGGGCGGCACGGACAUGGACGUGCUACGAGCGGACCUGGUGAGGGCCGAGGAGUCCGUGCUGGCACUUGUUUUCGGCGGUAGAUGGGAGGGCCGGCUGCCGCGGGACUCGCGUGGGCGCGUGUUCGUGGACGUCUCGCCGUCGGUCUUCCGAAAAAUUGUGCAGUUUUUGGUCAAGUUGGGACGGGCGACUCCAGGCAAGCCUGUCGAGCUGCCCACCCUGACCCCCGAGGAGCAGCCGAACUUCGACCACCUCGUGCUGGUGCUGGGCUUGUGGCGGCAUGUGUAUGAGGGCCGCGCUGCGUUGGCGCCGCCGCCCCCCUCUCGCGUCAAGCCGAAGGACAUCCCUGCCCCUGCUGUCGACCCCGCUGAUGCAAGAAAGUUUGGGAGGCAGGUGGCCACCGCGUUCGCAGUGGAAGAAGUCGUUCUCGAGACGGCCGAGCUCGAGUACCAGGCCGCCAAGGAGAAGUACGACAGAGAGGUGGCCUCGGUGGCGGAGUUCGCGGGAGCCCCCGGCGGCUUUGGGAGGGAAGGCGUCGAUGACGACAUGGUGGAGCUCAACAUCGGCGGGACAGUCGUGUCUACGAGGCGGUCGACGCUGACCAGGUGCCCAGAUUCGGUUUUGGCGAGGAUGUUCGACCACAGCACCGAAAAGAAGACCCCCCCUUUCGUCAGGGACACAAAGGGCAGGUACUUCGUGCAGUACAACGACUACUGCUUCGCGAAGAUCAUCGAGGUGCUGAGGAUGAAGCGCUGGCCGUGGCCCCCGAGCAAGUCCUCGUUCGCGAACGGCACGACGCUGGACGCGAUGAGCAACAGCAGGUUCCGCAUCUUCGUGAGAGAGGACGAAAGGGAGGAUUUCAGUUCGCUCACAUCUUACUUCUUCCCCGGGAGUGAGAACUUCAUCCACGAAGCAAUCGGAAGGGCUGGCAAUGCCGGCGCGAGCAGCAUGGGAAGAGCCUCGCAGCCGAGGUCGAAGGGCAUCAUGCCCCCGGAUCCGUCGCUAGACCCGGAUCCUGUGUCUUCCGCCGAUGACCCGGAGCGGAGUGAGCAUCGCGACCUGCGCGAUCGUGACCGCGACCACCGUGAUCGGGACCAUCGCGACCGGGACCACCGCGAUCACCGGGACCGGGACAGGGACCGGGACCGGGACCACCGCGACCACCGGGACAGGGACCGCGACAGGGACCGGGACCGCGACAGGGACCGCGACAGGGACCGGGACCGCGACAGGGACCGCGACAGGGACCGCGACCACCGAUCCUCGGCAUCGCAUGGUGGGCACCACGGCCUAACAAAGCGCCGCACGAGCUCUCGGGUCGACACUAAGAAGCUUCCGUCCGAGAUUUCUGUGCUUGAGAUCCGUGUCGGUCUUGUCCGCAAGGUGACGCCUCUUCCGCGGAACAGCGCUCACGCGAUGAUCGCCGUGCAGGUGCACCCUAAUGACAAGGAUCUCACCGAACAGAGGACGGUGCUCUGGCACUUCGACACGGCGCCUCCCAGCGUAGGAACCUCCGUGAUCCUGCUGUGCAACCUCCCGAGCAUCAAGCACCAGGGCAUCAUGUUCACGGCGGUGGUACUAUGCAUGGACGACGACCUCCUCAUCCCCCCGCCGGAUGCCCCCAUCGGCGAGCUCGUGACGGUCAAGGGUCACCCCCCCACCCCGUCUAAGAACGAGAGGGCUGUCAGCAUGGUCUGGGAGAAGGUUCUCAACGAGGAGCUCUUCCAAGUGGGGGAUGACGAGGUUGUCCGGUACGAGCACAAGAAGACCCCUGGGCCCUUGAUGACUUCAAGGGGCCCGAUCAUGUGCACGUAAGCACAUGAUUGAACGCAAGGCGGAGGAGCGAGGGAGAGAUGGGGUACUUCAUUCUGACGGAGUGGUCCCUUCCUGCCGUUGCGGAUGCCUGCCGCCGUGGGAGAGAAGGCGAUCUGGGUGCUCUUCCGUUCGCUCACGAAGAGAAGAAAGGGAAAAAAAAAAUACGGAGUUGCAUGCCCUCGUGGUCCCGAGGGGAGCGCCUGCUCUCAAGCUUUUGAAAAGAGGAGAGAAAAUCGAGACCAAAGCCUUGUUGGUGGUUUGAAGCCCCCAGGAACCGAUGCGGCGAUUGCGGAGUGGAAAUCCUAAGGUGGCGUGCGGGUUGACUCUCUUUGACGCGGUGGAAUCGACAGCGUGGCUUUCGGAGCGUCUGGUCUUCCGUGUACAUGUUGAUUAUUUGUGGGUGGGAUUCUUUGAAUUUUCACCCUGCUUUUCUACGCGCGGCUUUAACUGAUGAACUGAUUGUUAGAAUGGUUCCUCGUCUUUUUUUUUUCGCUGCGGCUUCUGUUGUAUGGGGCGCCUCUGGUCAGCUGCGUACGUGUACGUUCCGCUUCUGUUUCUGUAUGGGUGGGAGCACUUGCAUUGGUGUGACAUUUUGCGCGCGCGUUGUGUGAGGGUUUCUCAUUCGCCUGUCAGUGUCUAGAGGCGUGGCAUGCUUGAAGCAAAUGUUCGGUUCCACAAGGUGGGCACAUCUGACGGUUGGUAUUUGUUGUUAGGAAGAGGCGAAAGGUCCGUUGUGUAGGUAGGACGUGCCGCUGGUAUUUUGGUUUUGUGCCCCGGAGACGAGAGUUCUCUCGCACCCCCCCUCCCCCAUGAACCUAUCCACCUAACUAGUAUGCAACAGCCGUGCUCGGCGGCCGGGCGUGUGUUUACGGUUGAUUCUUCCACUCUUGGAUUUGUUGUCGUUAUUUCGAUGUCUUGUUCUGUUAAAUAUCAAUAUCAGCACAUUGCUCAACGCGCCUUCAUUGACGCUCUCGUUUGGUCCCCGGGGCUUUCUCUUGCACUCCGGUCGGGAAGGGUGCCCAAGGGGGCGUAUUGAACACGCCUCCAGGCAUCUGGUCGGACGCUGUAGGUGACGCACGGUGGAGUCGGUUCGGUUCGGUUUCGGCGGGGUGACUUGGAAUGUACGAACGUACCCUGGCUCUCUGUGGGGCUCGCUGCAACAGCUGGAGCUAGGCUCGGCGGGGAAAUCGAUUGCGCCGCGACCUCGAGGAACGAUUGCAGAUAGGGUGGUGAAUCGUUGCUGUGGCUGCGCCGGCGGCAGGAAUGGGGCAUGUUCAUUUGUCUUUCCCUUGAGACGUGUAUAUGAAUGUGCAUGUCUUUCGUUUUUAUGUUGUAGUGGUGAUGUGUGGUGUGCGCGCGCGAUAUUUUUAGGUCAGCCAAGAGAAAGCUAACGAGUUUUCGAGAGAGGGGGGGAAGAGGAGAACUUGAAAUAAUGGCGCGUUGGGAGAGGCAAGACUGGAUUGCGCAUCUCUCGCUGUCGUUUCUUUUUGGCGUCGUAACCUUUUUUUCUCUGCUCUGCGUGACGGCGGUAUCGCCAUGAUAACAAGAAAACCUAGACCAACAAGUUUUGUUGUUUUUGCGCGCUGUUGAAAUAGGGAGUGGGGCGGGCGGAAGGGCAGAGUGGUUUGGGGGGGUAUCCUUUUGACGCUGUCCCAGCUUUUUUGUUGAGCAGUUCAAAAUUUCGCAGGGGACUUGAACGAAAGGAUGGAGGUUUUCGACGAACCAUUUUUAUAUGCUUUGGUUGAUUGCUACGGCGGGACUGCCGGAUGAGAGUGGAAGAAGCACAAUUGUCCCGGGGGGUGUGCCGCUCGUUCUCUCUCUCUCCCUCUUCUCUUGUUCUCUCUCUCAUUUAUCCUGUUGCCGGCGUGUUGUAUCUGUGUGCACCGUGCUUCCACGGACUUCUUGGUCGAGCGAUGUGUUUGGCACAUAAGGUAAAGUAUAUAUCAACGACGGUUUGAGUAGCUUGGAAUCACCUGCGUUUUUUGACAGGAGUAACUAUCUACACCUUCCGGCACCGCAGAUUUCUUGCGCGUUGUGCCGCUGAGCAAUGGCGAGAGCGUAGAAGGGAAGGGUUGUAAGGAGCCUCCCGCCUGGAGCAGAGGGGCAGGGCGUGGACCGGAGGAGGGGGGGGGGAGGGGCACGUGCGUGUGUCUCGCGGAGCGAUUUUGCCGGCGCUUGAGGGUGUUUUCCACCAGUGCAUCAGGAUGAUAUCGAUUGAUGAGUGCAUCAGAAAUCGCGGGUAGGUAGGGUUUCGCGUGACGAUGCAGGCGGCGUUCUCAGGGCAACGACGACGACGACGACGACCUUUAAGCAGUAAAUUGACGUUUGUUUAGCCUUGCGCUGAAAGUAAAAUGGUUUUAUGAAUGGGUGUGGGUGAGAUAGCCAGGCAGACGGGGUUCGACGAUCUGACUUUUGCAGACUUGGUCCGAUUGUUUCAUGCACAUGACUGCUGUUCUACUGGCCCCCGUUGAAUUUGAUACGUACCUCCAUGCACGGCGCACACAAGAAGCUUGCCAUUCUUGGCGUGGCGUUGUACCUGCACCCUUCUUUCUUUCUUUUCGGUUUUUCGGUCUUUCUAUUUUUUUUUGCACGUCGUUGUCUCUGGUGCUUAUCGGGUCUCCUCUGUUUCUCAAUGCUGUUGGGGCGGAGUUAUUCUUCGGUUUUAAAUAUGUUGCCCAUAUAUUUUCAUGCCGGACUUAGAUUUUUCUUUUGGUCUUUUCGAUGAUUAUUUGGUUUGGCUACCAAAAAUGGUGCUUACAAUUUGUAGGGGGCUGUUUUCAGCUCAGCUCUCGCCCGUUCGCUUGCUCCCUUGCGUCUCCGAGGCCGUGAGUCCUACAUUUUUUUCUGGUGCGCUGGUGUGCCGUUGUUCAGCACUCAAUUGUUGGUUGUAGCUGGAGUUUUGUGCAACGGACAAGAUCGAGCCUCAGCGCCAUGGAUCUAUCUUAACUAAGCAACAAGCGUUGCACGUGUUUUGGCCUUGGGGGGGGCGGGUCGUCAGCGACCCCUUUGACCUUUGAUUGGCACAGAAUGAAUCACGCGUCAAUUAUGCCUAUCGCCACUACGAAUAGUCUGUCUGGCUGUUGGUCAAGUCGCCGCCUUACGGGCAUUGAUGUUCUUCUGUUGCCCUCGCCGCCAAUCUCUUAAGACCUCACUCGAGACUCUUGAUUGAUGAUGAUGGAACAGCUUGCAAGAGCAGCCCGGCUAACCCCCAUUGUCAAUCGCAUGCAUGACUGUCUCGGGUUCAUGCGGUGUGAUUUGGCUAUCGGAGAGGGGGAAGGACAGGUGUGAAGAUACGGCCAACCGGCAGCCGUGGGAGGGGGGGGCGUCUCCCUUACUGUACUGAUAAAUGCGGAGCAGGGGGGGGGCUGGAGUUCUUGCUUGGCUCUGCUCAUGUUUUUACAUGUCACGUGGUGGUUUGGUGGGCGUACCCGUCUGGUCGUUCUCUCGUAUGCACGGCUAGCUGGCUUGAAUUGAGAGCCCUACUCAUUGGAAGUCUGGCUUUUAGAUUCUCUGUGCUCUUGUGCUUUGGACGCGGCGGUGUUACAGCAGUGAUGAACGGGCCUUGUCUUGUCUGUCUUGUGUAUUGGCGUUGACCUUCCCUUUGGCUUCUUCAUGGUGUUUGUGGUUGCAAGGCGAUAGAUUAGUCAUGGCAACAAAUCGGAAGGUGAUGUUGCUGAAUACCAGAAUACAUGAUACCCGUGUCGCGAUUUCUCUUAUGUCUGCUGUUCCGCACGGACGACGGCCACGGGGCAUCCGCUUAGCAGCCGCACCCCUUCGCAUGUACUGCUGUGUAUCAUAAAAAGAGUGUUUCAAUUGCACGAAGUCAGCGUAUGCAUACUACCGACGAGCCAUCCGGCACGAGCCGCAGAAGACUCCAGGCUCGUCGCGAGUUUUGUUUUAUUUUGCAACAAGCCGCAGCUUAGCCCCCGGGCCAGCCUCUGAAGGCAGCUUGUUUUUUUCGAAGUUUUGCACGUCAAACGGAGGGCGACCCUCAGGAUAGGAAGGAUGACAACAGGCGGCACACCUACCGCUCGGGGUAGUGAGCUAAGCUUUAUUUUAUUUC